AGAUAAUCGGUGCGAGGGGCAGGAGUCUUAACGUUGGACAAACAGAUAUCGGCAGCUUGCAUGUUGAGAACCAAUGUGCAAAUGAUGUUUUUAACUUUGAAGCUUCCCUUAGAUUUGAAUUAGGAGGGAAAUAGAAACAGCAUAGCAAGACCCAAGCAAUUUGAAAGCUAUUAGAACUCUGCCACAGUCUAGAUGUUGCCAUAACGAGUUCACUCCACGUUGAUGUAGUGCAGAAUUUACUUAUAAUUUUUACAUUGGCUACAGUGGAGCUUUAAGAAAUAACCAUAAGAAGCUUGGCCAUUUCCAAUUAAUUCAAUACCUUCAGCAACAUACGUGCGACUUCAAUUAAUGCUCGCUUGUUCCACUCAAGUCAGGGCUGAUCCAACCGCUGAUGAUGCCGACUCCAUACUGAUUCCCCUCUCCCUCUGAUUUGCCUUCCGCCGCCGGCUUCCACGCAGCAAGUAAUUGAGUUGUGACUUUUUAACCUUCUCGCCGUUCACCUUAAUAUCUACUGUGAGUACCAUGCUUUUAUUUACCGACAAAAGAGCUGUUGGACGAUCCCAGUUGAUAGCGUAAUUCUACUGUCUUUCCAAAGACAUGCCAAAGGAAAACGAGUCUUCACCAAAGAACUCAUUAUUAUUGUCAUUGGGAGGUUAAUGUGCCCCCCUAACGCACAUAUAAUCAGCUACAUGACUUUGACUUCUGUCUUACUUGUACUUUAAGACUGAGUAGAUGCAGAAAAAAAAGAAGAAGAAGAAACUAGUUGGAAGUGGGCUCAGAAAAGCAGGUGCGCGUUUACAAAUGAAAUAAAGGGAGAAAGAAGAAUGCGAAUAAAGCAAGGGAACAAAGCCAAGGCAGCCCUUCCAGGAAACGUAUAUAAAAAGAAAUACGACUACUGUCUAUUAUUACCAACUACUAGUACUACUUACUUACUGAUGAGUGUUUUACUCGUUUGACCAAAAAAAAAAAAAAAGUACUGUAGUGUUUUACUCGCUGGCGUCAUCACUCAUCAUCGACUACAAACCUACAUGCGUAGCUGGUGCAGUAAUAAGAAUUACUGCAGUAAGAAUUAGUAAGCCAAAAGUAAUAUUAGACUUCAGGAUCGGGUAGCCCGUCUAUUCUGUACCGUCUCUCGCUCGCCGGUCGCUACUAUUCCAAUUUACACGUAGCAUUCAUACUUCUUCCUUCGCCUGAUCAGUCAUUUAAAAGUCCGCAUUGGUAUUAUCCAAUAAAAGUAGUACAGAACGAUGGCAUCCUGCAGAGCUGCUCGCAGAAAUCAGAGGUGGUGCACCACCCAACCUCUGACCCCUCUCAUGGAAGGCCCCGAUCUCGAAAUGCACCACCACCACUGCCAGUCUGGAAAUAAGAAAGAGACCACCUCCUCCUGGGAAGUGAUUCGGGAAUGGUUUAGAGCACAGAGGAGCUUGGCAGCCGACCCUGCAGGAGGAGGAGGGGGCAGCAGGAGCUUCUCCAUGUCCUCAGCAUACCCUGCCGGCCCAGGCUCAGCGCCGCCCAAUAUUAAUGCGGCCAAGAGGCAAGACUUGAAGCUUUUGCUCGGGGUCUUGGCUUGCCCACUUGGCCCCAUUCCUCUGCCCAUCAACAAUAAUGAAAACGGCAACAACAACAACAACUACCACUCCUACUACGGUCAUCAGAACACCAAUCCAAUUCUUCAUCCUUACAAUCCUACCAUCAUCAAAGACAUUCCCAUUGAGACCUCUACUGCGCAUUACAUUAUUCAACAAUACUUGGCCGCGACGGGAUGCUCCUCGAAAUCCAAGCAGCAGCAGCAACAACAACAGAAAGUCCCCAGAAACAUGUACACGGCCGGCACGGUGAAGAUGAUGUGCUUCCCGACAGAGAUUUCGGGAGGAGGAACAGUGAAGACACUGGGAACGAGGAGUAGCGGGGAGAAGGGAUGCUUCGUGCUGUGGCAGAUGUCGCCGGGAAUGUGGUCGCUGGAGCUGGUGGUUGGGGGUAACAAGGUCCUGGCCGGCAGCGAUUCCAAGAUCGUGUGGAGGCAUACACCCUGGCUGGGCACCCACGCGGCCAAAGGCCCUCAACGUCCCUUACGUCGCAUUAUCCAGGGGUUGGACCCAAAGAGCACGGCGAGUUUGUUUGCCGGCAAAGCACGGUGCUUAGGAGAGAAACGAAUUGGAGAUGAAGAUUGCUUCGUGUUAAAAGUGGCAGCAGAUCGGGCGACGGUGAUGGAAAGGAACGAGGGUCCUGCAGAAGUGAUCAGGCACGUCUUGUACGGCUACUUCAGCCAAAAGAGUGGGCUUCUCAUAUAUCUAGAGGACUCCCACCUGACCAGAGUUUUAGUACAGCGGGAGGAGGAAGAGGAUGAGCAGCAGCCGGCAGGUGGGCGCCGCGAAAAUGGAAGUGAUCAUCCUUCGGUUUCGGGUGCUGUUUACUGGGAGACAACCAUUGGGAGCAGCAUCGGAGACUACAGGGACGUCGACGGCCUCCUCAUUGCCCAUCAAGGCAGGACCGUUGCCACUGUAUUCCGUUUCGGAGAGGUAUCCACACAGCAUUGUAGGACGACCAUGGAAGAGACCUGGGCCAUCCACGACGUCGUUUUUGACGUCCCGGGGCUUUCACCCGACUCCUUCAUCCCUCCUGCCGAUGUAUGGGAUGAUAGCACACAUUAUUCACCGCAUUAAUAGUAAUUUUUUGCCGUGAAAAUGCAUUUUCCUUUCCUGAAUAUAAAUGGUCAUGAUUUGUCCGUAACUUUUUUAACUAA